AUCAUGCUCGAACAAAACCAAUAUCAACACAAACCGAACUAAUAUCGACACAAAGACAACUAAUAUCGCCACAAACAUUACUAAUAUCGACACAAAGACAACUAAUAUCGACACAAACAGAACUAAUAUCGACAUAAACAGAAAGCCAUUCCACAAAACCCAGAAAUAAAAUCAACAAAAGAACGAAUCAUGCAACCCUAAAUCAAAUCUAUCCAAACGAAAACUAAUAUCCACGUAACUAUGCUUGAAAACUUACUUGAUCAAGAAUCCGAGUUCCCUGCCAAGCGCCGCCGCCGAGAUCGCUGCUUCGUCGCCGCCGACAAGUUCGUUGCCGCCGAGAUCGCCGCCGCCGAGUUCGCUGCAAGGUCGUCGCCGCCGAGAUCUCCGACUUCGCUGCAAGGUCGCCGCCGCCUAGAUCGUCGCAGCCGCCAAGAUCGAAGACUUCGCUGCCGCUGAGUUCGCCGCCGCCGAGUUCGCUACACCGCGCGGCGCUUCGUCUGCGUUCGGGAGAGGAAGAAAGGGAGAGGAAAGGGAGAGAGAAAGGGAGAGAGAGGGGGAAAUUAAUUUGGGGAAGAACGUGAAAAGGGGUAGGGUUUAGGGUAAUUUUUUUGGGGUUUUGAAUUAGUGGGCCUUGCGGGCCCCGCAAGCCGGAGUGGGCUUGGCCCAGCCGAUGGAAUCAGCUCUCCUCCCUCACACUCUGACGCGUUUUCUCCUCCAUCGAUGGAUGGCGGCUUGGCGACGUGGAGGCCCAUCCGUCCCUAUCAGUAUCUCCAUAUGAAACUUGCUGAAAUUCUUCUGAAUGGCCAUACAUCGGCUGUGAAUUGAAACUGAGGCAGCCUUCUGAACCCUGGAAAUCACACCCCUAACAAGAUAACAGCUUUUGAUAGCACGAAAAGGGAACAUUUUUCCUUGUCUUCCCAUAAUGAGAGCCAUUCAUCUCACUAACCUUACAUCAACGACUAGCACAAACAACAUAACCUAAUGUGGGAACCAAAGCAAUCCCCGCGGUUGGAGAAAGAUUCCGCCAUGGAAACAGCUCAAACCAAUUGCCUAAGCUAAUCAAAUACUCGAUUUGGAAGAGUAAAGGUGUGAGUUUUUUGCCGUAUCUUACUGCAGUUGAGAAACGGGUCUGCACCGAAUAUAUGGAUAGAUUAUAUGCGCGCAUAAGAUGAGCAGAAAAGAGAAGAUUUACGCUUACCCGGAAGGAAAAGAAAUCACUCGUUACUUUCGCCUGAGUCUUCUUCUCUACUAGCCCCACUUCCUGCAAUUCCGUACUUGUAUCACAGCGCACCAGGAACGGCGGGAAGGGUUGGCAUAAUUGAAAUAUCAUUAAUAAGCUUUUUUAGAUUGAUCUAAAAAUAUUAGUUGAUCAACAUAUCAAUUUGAUUGGUGAAUUAUUUGGUUAUAAUUUGGUUGUAAUGAUGGUUUUACCCAUCCUACUCCGCAACCCCUAGUCGGGAAGUCGAUUAUGCAUUCUAGAAAAAAAGAUGAGUGACAUGCAACCGAAAGAAGAUUGCUCUCGCAAGUAGUCAUUUCGUCGAACACCAAGAGGACACCGCAGAAAGAACAAGCGCGACUCUUGUAACAGGAAACGAGAAACACGAUGAGGGGGAAGGGGAGGAGGCAACGCAACGGAUUCCGGCUUGCCAAUGAUUUUUGAAACGGCUUUGGUGGCGUCUUUCAGGACAUCCGACGUUGUAACCGUGUCCACCGGAAUAUUCGUGUACAGAUUCAAGGUCGGCAUUGUCCCGCCGCUCUCUUCUUCUUCUUCUUCCUUCGCUGCCGGAGCCAGCGCCUGGAUAGAGAGAGCUUGCUGCCGGAAAUUGGGUUGGGUUAAACUAUGUGCCCGAGCCCGACCCAUCUAUACGGCACCCGACCCGAGUUAGUUUGUUAAGCGCUGAAACGGCGUCGUUUGUGUAUGAACAUACAAAAACCUAAAACCUUCCAUUUCUACACGUUCUCCGUUCCAGGCCAAGAAGCCGCAACCCGCCGUCCGUCGACAUUCCCCUCCUAACUCCGAGUCCGGCUUCAGCUCCUUCUCUUCCCAUUUCGGUAGCCUCCGCUGCUUCGUUGGAGGGCCUUCUUCCAGCUCUUCCUGCCAUUGUUCGUUAGUCAUCGACGCUGCCACAGUGAGUAAUUCUACUUUCUUUCUUCUUCUUCUUCUUCUUCUUCAGUUUACAUUAACGAUUAUGGCUGCUUUGUGCCCAUUUUUCUCCUAUUCACUUAGGCGGUGUGUCUCAUGAUCCAAUUCCUUUUAACGGGCUGUAAUAAUUGGGGACUGGUGGAACGAGUGAGACUGGACUGAACAUUUUGGGGUAGAACAAGUUAGCAACCGAAACUUCACUGUGUUUCUCUGUCUGUGUGAUUAUAUGAUUCUGUAAUUAUCCUUCAGUCUUUCAUCGACCUGGGCUCGUAUAAAGAAACGAUCUUUGUGUGAAAAUCAUUUUGGGGAAAACAAGUUCACUAGUGCCCUUUCUGUGGGUUCAUUGGCCCUAUUAUUAUCAUAUCUGCUCUUUUGUAGAACCUACGAUAUAGUAGUUCAUAUGAUGGGUCUCUGUUUGUAGUUUAGACAUUGGUUUUGUGAUCUCUGAUUCAUUUGCCUUUGUGGGUUUUCAUGUUUGGUAUUUGUUUCUACUCGACCUCAUUUGAAUUGGAAAAACAGCGUUUCCAAGUAAGUGGUGGAAGUAGAGAAAGGCCUAAUAUCAACUCGCCUUUUCACUGGUCUGGUCGAAUUAGUUCAGCUAUUUCUCUGUUAGUAAAUGGCAUCUUAUGUUUGGAAAUAUAACAUGUAGGGUCGUAAAAAGAAGGUGAAAGAUGAUGAACAAGAAGGAGAUUCUGAAGCUAGCCAAAGGGUUUAGGGGGAGAGCAAAGAACUGCAUCAGGAUAGCAAGAGAGAGGGUGGAAAAGGCUUUACAGUAUUCUUACAGGGAUCGUCGAACAAAGAAACGUGACAUGCGCUCCCUAUGGAUCCAACGGGUCAGUGCUGGCACCCGGCAGCAUAAUGUAAGCAACCUAUUCCCUGCCUAGGCUAUUUUGUAUCAAUUGAUUGGUAACCCACUGAGCUGUCUUGUAGCCUGAUUGGGCACAUUGAUUUUGUUUGUUCCUUUUGCGCUGCUGUUACUCAUUAAUUCGUGGGAACCUACAACUUUAUACUAAAUGUGUGGUUGAGUGGUGGUUAUAUUUCUUGUCAUUCGAUGCCACUGUCCGUAUGGGUUUUUCUCUGAUAAAUGCUUAUCUUUUGAGUUGGAGAAUCAAGUUCAUCAUUAAUUAAUGCAAAUAUGGAUUAUGUUGUUGAAGUUCUACUAGGUGAAGCUAGUUCAUUGGUUUUGAGACUACUAACUUGUUUGUAAGAGCAUUUUUCUUCACGUGCUUUGCUUCUAUGGUUGGUGUUUUAAGUAUUAGCACAAUGGAAAUCAUUUUCUUGGUUAUCGACUAUAAUUAAUUUGAGUGGUUAGUUUUUUGGUUCCUUUCCAUUUACAGAAUGUAUUUCAGACCCGGUAUUAGGUUUUCAUAGUGAGCUCAUGAAUCCUUAUGUACUUAGUAUUGAAAUCUCCAGAAUUAAACUGAAUGAUAAAGGAAGCAUGCCUAGAACCUUGCUCAACAUUCUCAAUCCUUGUCGAUUGCAAAAAGUGUGAUAAAAAAACAAUUGAAGAUGAAGAAAACUGCUCUAGUUAUAGUAUGUGUUUGUAAUUGUUGAAUGGUUGACAUACUCCAGCUAUAAAGGCUCUUAUUAUCUGUUAAAACUGCUCUAGUUAUAGUAUGUGUUUGUAUCUUGUGACUAGUAGAACUCUCAUCUUUCAAUAGCGACUACCAGGUUCCCAUAACAAAUCAUUUCGUCUUUCCCAGUUGUAUGUGAAUUACCCUGGUGGCUUUAGAAAACUUCUCAGUUACUGCUCUUGUUUAGCUGUAUUCCUAAGUCAACCAUCUUCGAUGGUCAUACUUAAGAUCCAUUUCUUACUUUGCCUCUCAAUUUUGAUUAGUACUCGCAUCCUUCAAAGCAUUAGCUUUUUGUCAAAACUCAAGGAGUGUGUUAAUGUGAAUCAAGAAGCCUCAACUGUUUCUAGCCCAGUACAUUAUGGUAUGUGCUUCCUGGCUUCAACUGGGGGUACAUAGUUCAGUAUUCACCCUUCUGCGGGUGCCUAAUUUAUUCAUGGCCUUUUUUUAUCAAGAAUUGUGGGCUUGCUAAAAAGAUCCUCGACACUAGUAGACCUUUUGAAGUGUAAAAUGGCAUAAAAGAAAACAGAGGGUGAUUGCAUUUUGUGAUAGUGCUUCUGAAGUGCUUUCUACUUGAUUAGCUGAAGUAGUCAGUGGUUAUGUGGAAAUAGUAAAGUGCUUUCUCUUUUGCUUCAUGCUCCACAAACUAAACACUUGUAAAUUAGAACCAACCAGUUGCAAUUUGAGCCUGCUUAGCACCUGGAGGGCGAUUGCAUUUUGUGAAUAAACUGUGAAUAGAAAGGUGGUAGUUGGAGGGGGCAUUUCUGAUUCUCUACUGCGUGUGAUUCACAGGUUCAUUAUGGUCACUUCAUGCACGGGCUUAAGAAGGAGAACAUCCAGCUGAACCGGAAAGUUCUGUCGGAGAUAUCGAUGCACGAGCCCUUCAGUUUCAAAGCUCUGGUAGACAUUUCUCGCGAGGCUUUUCCAGGAAACAGACACAUAUAUCAUCGUCCGAGGAAGGUUGAUAUGUCGUCGAUGGAUGCAUAACGGGUCGACUUCCUAGAUAAAGUCUUGGUCGUGGGAGAUUUAUUAGAUAAAUCUGAACUAGAUGUUUCUCCUGUUGGUUUCCUCCGUUAGGUGUCUUGAGUCAGGGAAGUUGUAUUCAAUUAUGCAGCUGUGUAUGAUCUGGAUCCUUUUUCUUUUUGCCAAUGACAAAAGGCAAAUUGCAGAAAAAAUAUUGCAUGAUCAGUAGGUUUCCAGUUCUUCACUUCGCCCUGCAGCUGGUGUAUGAUUUGGUGAGCCUAAGGUCUAGCCUGGUUGAAUUAUGAUUGGCAAAGUAAGUCUCUACUGACUAUGUUGUUAGAAAGGUUUGGUGUAUCGGAUAGACCAAACUCCUAAACUGGAUUGAUUUUAGCAUUGUUCAUUAACUUCAAGAGCUUAGUUUGGUUAACUUAUCUCCCUGGAAAUACGUUAUAACUUAAGCAAGGUUGUCAAACCGGUUUAUGUCAGUGUGCCGGUUUAGCAAGUGGAAUGGUUCGACCGGUGGCACAUACCGGUUUGUGCCGGUCAAUAUUACAAAUAAAAUUAUAAAUACUCAUUUUAAACAUGGCAUUUAACGUCAAUACCUAAACAUUUAUACUUGAAUCCAACAAAUAACAUCAAUAUUUAACAUUUAUACUCAUAAAAUAAAUAAUAAAAUAAUUUUUAACAAUUAAAGUAAGGUUAUUUUACUUAGAGAUUCGUAUAUCGAUCAUGCCGGUCAUACCGAUGGUGUCACGCCGGUUUUAUGACCGGUACAGGUUGAACCAGGUACAACCAGUGGCACGCCGGCCGGCGUGACAACCCUGAACUUAAGUAAAUAUAAAAUGGAUUCAAUCCCCAGAAAGGGUAGAUUAAGUUUUCUAAAAGGGGAUUAACCACUUAAUUAUCUAUUUGUUAUGAAUUAUUAUAGUAUUGUUUUAUAAAAGUUUUCCAAUAAUUUAUUUCGGUGAAGUCAAGGACAAAAAGCCCACUUACUCCUAAUCAAUAAUUGUAGCCUUUAAAAGUAAUGCAUCAUGCUAUUCUCAAAAUUGUAACAUUUAUUUGAAAUCUAUAAUAUCCAAAGUGUCAAAACCAGUAUAUAAUAUUUGAUCAAUAUAGAUAUUUUUUUUUUAUGUUAGAUGUUCUAUUAUCAAUAUAUCUAAAUUUCUUAUGAAAAUAUUAUAUUGCUAUACUAAUAAAAUAGGGGGAAACCAGCUAAAAGUAAUUCAGAGAAACUUUUUUUAUUAUAAGAAUUCCAAUCAGUAAUUACCAUCUAAAUACCCAAAAAAAUAUUUGGUGAAAAUCUCUCUUAUGAAUAUUUUAGAUGUAUUGUAAAUAUAAUUACAAAAAUCUAAAUCAGAUUAUGAUCUCAGUUUUGUAUGGGAUCUAAUUAUUAGGAAGGUUAUUUUAGAGUCGGAUUUACAAAUGACUAUCAGUCUCAUCCAGUCCGUGAUGCUCCUCUCACCCAUACUUCGUUCUAAUCGAUGAAAUCCAACCCUUUUUGACUUUACCAUGGGAGGUUCGCCUCGCCCGUGUGUUAUGUGUAUAGAGAAGGCAACUUUGUGCAAUACUUAUUUCUUACAUCUUUUGAGCAUUCCUUAGUUGUUAGAGUACACUCUUUCACGAUUCUGUUUCCCACACCGGACUACAGGUUAUACAUAUAUCAAAUAGCAGUUUCUAUUCUCCGAAUCAUUUAAUGAAUUAUGAAGGUUAGAAGCGCUCUUCCAUCAAAAUUUGAAUACGACGAUGUAAGAACAAAUUAUAUUUUAUCACCGUAAUAUAAGGAAGUGCUAACUGCUAAGUUCCAUCGACAAGUGGAUAUGCAGCGCAUUUCUCGGUUUUGUGCAAUGUACUUGAUCCCCAUACUCUCCCUCUCCGUAGGAAUGGCAAUGGGCAGGUCUGGGGUGGGUAUCUCGAUACUCAUACCCGCCCUGUGGCAGGUCGGGUCCACCAGGCACGUCGGGUAAUUUACCAUGGGGGCGCGAAUCGGGGCAGGUCGACCCAAUGGGUAUGUAACUUAUGUACGUGAAAAACAUAAAAAAAAAUAUAUAUGAUAAAAUGUAGUUAAAUUAUUGGAGAAAUUGAGGUUUUCUCUUACUUACAACUUUAUUAUAACUAAAAUACAAGGCAAUAAGAGAAAAAUCCUAAAUAAUUUGAAUAAGAUUACAUGUAAUGUAGACAAGAGCGGGUUCAGAAUGGGACGGGUCAGGGUAGGUUAGGUCGAUGAGAGGUACCCAUGCCCGCCCUGCCGACGGACCCACCCCAAAACAGGUAAACAGGUUGGAUAAAACGAGUCAGGUCGAAAUUGCCAUCCCUACCUCUCCGUCGUCGGUAAAUAAUGAGCGGUGGUUGCAUGUCAACUUGGUUGUUGGCUCCUUUCCUCUACGGCCGGCGACAUUAAUUUGGAUCAUCAGUUACAGUUGAUUAGGUAUGGAAGUAAUCUACUAGCUCUGUAUUUAAAUGGUAUUUAGCUUGAUUAAUUAUCAAUUUUUCUUGCUAGUUUGAACUGUUCAUAUAGAGUAGCUAGAUGGGUACGUAGUGCCAGAGGGGAAAAAUCAACCAAACAACCUUAAAUUAAUCACAACACUUGUAAAAUUUCUAUUCAUUGAAAGAAAGAAAGAAAAACCAGACUUGUGUUCGUGGUUCCAAUAUUCUGUGUGUAUCUUGUGUCCAAUUGGCUGUAUGAGAUCGAUGAUGAUAACCUAUUUAUAUAAUAAUAUGUCUCUGAAAUCUCAAAGAAAUUUGACUUUCCAAAUUUUCUUGGUUAUUAUUGUAUAUGGUUGUCUUAAUCCACCAACCACACCAAGAAAGGAGUAUGAACUAUGAACACGAAUCUAUGUGCUGUUUCUUCUCCAUGCUAGCUACCUACUUCCUCCCCUCCCCCCGCUUAUGCUGGCUCUCUUCGCGAGACUCGCUACCUCGUUUCUCGUAUGAAUAUCUGACAAAUUUAUGAGAUUGAAGCAAUUUAGGGUGAAAAUGAAGAACUGAUUUCUUGAAAAUGGUUGGCCGCGCGCGGUUUUAGGAAAAUGUCCGGAUUCAUUCUGAGCAAACAAACAAUUGAUUUUAUGAAAUCGUAAAUUUGACUUCGUAAUGUAAUCAUUUCAGUAGUUGUUCUGACUUCUGAGAAACUUAAGGUUUUAGUGGCCGGGCCUUCUACUAUGUUUAAUAGUAUUAGUGUUCGAGGUACGAAUAAGGGUUUUGGUCUGGUAGUAAUAUCACUAGUAUUGAAUCUUCGAAUCUCGUAAGAGUAGUACCUAACCACUAAAACUAAACCUACGUCACUCUUAUCUGAUAAAAAAGUAUUCAGUGUUUCGAGAGAUAUGUACAGAUUGACACAUGUACCAUAAUAUUAAAGGUACAAGUUCAAUUUGUCUCAUAACGUUAAAGAUAUCAAUACAGUCUGUAAAACUUUUGUACCCGACUAUAAAACUUGGGUAAAACUCAUAUGUAGGUAGUUGUGUCGUUGUGAGGAAAAUUUACCAAUGAGUAGUUGACCACGUCCGCCGCCAAAUUAACAGAGACUCCAACAUAUUUGUACUCUUGAGUCGCCGUUGUCUAAGUCUACGAUUAAUAAUUUAAUAGUGUUGAUGUUGGGAGCUAAUAGCUGCUGGGUUUUGUGCCAGUUGGUGGCCGGGAGUUGACCGGUUCAGUUUCAGGGGUCUCGACCGAUUUGGGUCGAUUCGGUCCCCUGGAAUCUUCGUUUGUUUUAGGUGGGGAAAUUAAAGUGUCGUUUGCUUGUGGGAUUUGGGUCAUGUAUUUGUUAUCCAAAUACAAAGCAUUACGUAUUUGAUAUAAAAACAUUGUUUGUUGAGUCAUACAAAUCCGUGGGGCCCAAGGAUUUGGACAAUUUUUUUAGCCCCAAAUCCAUGGACCCCACGUAUUUGCAAAUACCACAUUUCAUUUGGUAUUUGGUCAUUGAAGGCAAGGAGUUGAGACCCAUGAUACAAAAAUCUUUAAAUCCAAGAUCAAAAUCAACUAAACAAACAAUGUUAUCUUUCAAAUACCAAAUGAAACAAAUCCAUCAUAAAUCCAAAGGUUUUCAAAACUAAAAACCUUCAUUUUCAAAUCCAACAAGCAAACGAGCCCUAAGUACGCAUUAGCCAUAGCCACUGGUUUGAGAUUGAAAGUUGCCUGUUUGUGGAAUGUUCUUCUGAGUCGCAUUGCCUAAGGGGACUUUUUUUUUUUUAUGGUUUCCACAUUAAACUUAAACUUUGAUGUUACUUCCUUCAGCUAGUGGGCUUGAAUGUAGUUGACUUUUCUUUUUUGGGGAGAAUUAAUUUUAACGAAAAUGUGCGAAAGCUGUAUUUGAACCGUCUGUGAGCUUUUUCUCGUGCGUGUGGAUUUCUAACUGAAUAUGAAAUUACGAGUCGAUUUUAUCGGGGGGAAAUUCAAUCACUAUCAGAUUUGGCUAAGUUUUCUUCGAAUCCGGUAUUAAAGAGUGAUGAGUUUGGUGGUGUUUUGGUAUUUUAAAUAUUCACACGGAACCCAGCUGAUGACUGUAUAUGUUAUAACUAUGUUCUAGCUAGGCUCGUUUGCUGCAAUACUUCGGUCGUCUAUAUCACUCGCUGUUAUAUAAAAAAAAAAUGUCAAGAACUUUAUAUAUGAUUGUUCGGAAAUGGUGCAGGGUUUUCCAUGAAACGCACAUAGGUAGGUUUUGGUGUGUGAUAUCACAUCUUUGCCCACUUUUAUGUUAUGGAUACGAUUGAAAUUUUGAAAUCGUUGUUGAGGAAUGAUAUAUAUGAAAACCCAUCUCAUUGGAUAAAUUUGACAAUUAUAUUUUUGACAUCUCUUGAAUUCAUUAUAUAAUUGUAAAUAUAAUAUAACAUUCACAGGGAUCUCCUACAGUAACUUGAGUAUAAUUUUAAGUUGGGUAACUUGCAUAGAUCUAAACCGUUAAAAUUGACAAAACUUAUUUUAAACCAUUGAUUAAAGAAAUAAAAAAAAUAAGU